AGUGUCUAUUGGAAAGGUAAUGUGGAAAUAAAGUAGCUCUCUCAGAGUUUGAGUGAGGUUGUUCAUACAGCCAUUAAUGCAUCAUUACUGGAAGACAAAUAGAGCCAAAUUCUAUAUCACAAUGUUCAUACAUUUUAUUUUAUGAUUGACGUAUCUGAUAUUGUGAUAUCAUUGGAUUCCGUCUUUCACUGCAAUCACCAAUGAUCAAUAGCAACACUCAGGAUAGAAUGUCAUUCAACGACCCAUUCAGCGAAGCUCAUAAAAACGUCGAAGCGCCAAAAGAUUCACCCAAACCAGAGAAUGUGCAGUCCUCACAUUCAAUUUCAAAUCGUAGACACUCACAAUUACACACCAGCGCAGGCGAACCGAUAAAAGCUCCUGAGAAUGAAGCACUAGAGGAAGGUGAGAAGGAACCAGAACCAGACGUCGUGGAGACUGGAAAAGCGAUAGAAGGUGGUAGGGGCCCUCAUAGAGGUAGUUUGGCGGGCGAUAUCCCAGAUAACAACAAUCCAUGGUCAAAAGGCGCUUUUUAGUAAUUUUAUUGAUUUAAAUCGAUUACGAAUAACGACGAAGGGUAAAUACAAAGUGAAUUGCGAAUUUAGUUACGAAUAGCCUCAAGAGUAUAACUUGAUGUAUGUUUGUAUCGUCCUAUGUACGAGUGUUAAGGCAGAGGCCCUAGUAUUUAUUUUUGGAUGACGUUGCCUUUGCCAUACCAUUUUGUAUACCAGCAUAAAUCGCACCCUCCCAGCUAGCAUGCAGCAAUUCAUAGAUGAACUUAACUUCCUAUAAAAUGUCAAGAGAUUCAAGUCUAAUAGGUUAAGACUCACCACUAUCAUGACGGAUAAUACCGCUAAACGUUCAUAUAAUGAGCUCUCACCACUCAUCGAUAGUCUUAAAACCCCUGCUUUGCGUUUAGACAUUCUUGGUAUAUCAAAUGUGCAGAUAACAUCAUCUGUUUUGACAUUUUUGAUAGAAAUGGUGUUCUUUUUCCCAAAAACCAUGUAUUGCACGUCGCCUAACUCGAAUUUCUUCUUGAUGGAGAGAUAGUGACUGCCUCUUUCUAGAGUUACAGGUUUAUCGUAUCCUAUAACUUCAACGGUAUACUUUGAUCGCAUGUAUUUACUACGGUAAGCUGUAGUUACUGCGUGUUUUCCGUUCAUCUCAAACACAGGCUGUGUAUCGUCUUCUAAAACUGACUUAUCAUCUAAAUCGUCCUUAUCGAAAGCAUCUUUUCCAGCUAGUGAUGCAUCAUCAUCUACCAAUGUAUUCUUAUCAUCAUCAUCCUCUUUCUCAUUGGGAUAUUCUACGGGGUUAGCGUAGAGGGUAUCAGCGUUUGUAUUUUGAUAUAUAGUAACUCUCGACGAAUAAAUUGGUAUAUCUGCACUAAGUAAACGUGGUUGUUUGUUCGCUAUUGCUGUUCUGACUGAAGAUCCGCUGUAAAAAUCCAUAUCAUAUCCCCAUGUACGUUUAGCUACAGCAAAUACAGCAUUUGGCGUUAGUAUUUUCUUUAAAUCUGUCAUUAUUAUAAUUCAUGAAUGAUCAGUACGAUAACGUAUCACGACCCCACUAUUUCGGAAUUAUUUAAGAAAUUUUUUAAAAUGUUACUAUACUUUAUGUUGCUAUAAAUAAUUGGUACCAUAUUUUACAGGGUUGUAUGCGUCAGCCAC